AUGUCCACAAAAACUGAUCUGCUUCGGGCUCAAUUCUCUUCAUCAAAAGUUCUUACGGUAACAAAUGGAACUCCUAUUAAGGCGUACCUUUUACCAAGUACCGAUGCCCAUCAGGCUUUGGAGCAGCUGGUACCACCGUUUAAACUGCUAAAACAAGGUCAACCCGAUUCGAUCUCUAUUGAAGAUUUUAUAGCUAGAGAACUCGAUGUGGGUGACUGGAUAGGAAUUGACCCUUCACUUCAUACAUAUGAGAAGAAUGAGGAUAGUCGUCCGAUUCCAACAGUCCGUGUGAAGUGUCUAUCACUCGUAGGACAGGAAGCGGAAAGUUAUCAGUUACGAGGAGCAGCUUGGAAAUUAGAAUUGCUCAUACCCAAUGGCGGAGAGCAGCUUAUCAAGACCUUGAGGAGCAUGGGAUUUCACAUCGCAUUAAUCAGACAAAACCUUGUUGAUGAAUUCUGGAGUGAUCGACCUGCACUUCCAGAUAAAUGCCCUAUAAUACUGUUGCCAGGGGAACAUGGCCGAUGUGUAAAGGAUAAAUUAAAGGAGCUACGUGAACGAAUCAGUAAAAAGAAGUGUAAUUCUAUUGUGCUUACUGCUCUUGAUGAUAUAAUGUGGCUAUUAAACAUUCGUGGUUUCGAUGUCAAACAUAACCCUUUGGCAUAUUCAUAUUUGUUGGUAACAGCCUCAGAAGUUCAUCUAUUUAUGGAUAAAGCUAACAAUGAGAUGCGGAGUUAUUUGGAGCAGGAAAAUAUUAUAGCUCACUCUUAUGCGGAAGCUUAUAACUUCAUCUCGAAGUGGAAUCAAAAACAAGAAGCGGAAAAGGCUCAACACAGAGUGUUUGUGCCUACUUCUACGAAUUAUUUGUUCGGCAGCCUUUUCGCCCAUUCUUCAGUUGUUGAUGGCAGCCCGGUGCAAGUUAUGAAAGGAGUGAAAAACCAUGUAGAGUUGGAGGGUAUGCGUCAAAGUCAUAUUCGAGACAGUGCAACACUGGUAAGCUUCUUAAUGUGGAUAGAGGCAGAGUUGCUUGAAGGACAUUCUCAUUCAGAGAUUGACGUGGCGAACAAAGUUGACUCAUUAAGAGCUGGUACGGAGAAAUACGUUGAUUUGAGUUUUUCAACAAUCUCAGCUGCUGGUGAUCACGCGGCCAAACCGCAUUAUCAUUCUGAAGGUGAAGAAGGCAAACGUUUGGUUACUGCCGACCAAGUAUACUUGUUGGAUUCUGGAGCGCAUUAUAGAGACGGAACGACCGACGUGACGCGCACGAUUUGGCUGGAAAAGAAUUCUCCUGUGCCGAAUGAGUUCGUCCAAUGCAAUACUCUCGUUCUUAAAGGCCACAUUACCUUAGCGAAUACCGUGUUUCCACAAGCGACAACCGUACGCAUUGGCCAUAGGGCUGUCAACACGAGUCCGGAUUACUGGAUACGUGAAGGCAUGGUUCUAACGAUUGAACCUGGCUAUUACCUUGUCGACAAAUGGGGAACUCGGAUAGAGAACUGUUAUGAAGUUGUUAAAGCGAAAGUGCCGUCUGGUGCGGAUUUUCUGGGAUUUCGCGCUCUCACUCUAGUUCCAAUCCAAACAAGUAUAAUUGACAAGUCAUUGCUGUCACAUAAAGAAGCUGAGUGGCUAAAUGCUUACCAUGACCAAGUGCUCUCAAUAGUUGGGGGAUAUUUGCAGAAAGCCAAUAAGACUAAAGAAUUCGAGUGGCUGAAGAAGCACUGUGCUCAUAUCUGA